GACAUGUCGGAUGGGUAAAUACCAUUAUCUGUGUCAACAUAUUACUUCUUUUUCAAAUAUAUAUCAAAAGGCGUAAACUAUUAGACUAUUUAGUAUUUUUGUCGAUUUCAAAUUGAAAUGGAUCCAAUAUCAAUACGAAAAGAUCUUGGAGUGGCAGAUUAUUUGUCAUUUGUUCUUCUCAUGGCAAUAUCUACAAUUAUUGGAGUAUAUUUUGCAUACAGGGAUAGAAACGAUGCCACAACUAAAAAUUACUUUUUCGGGGGAAAGCAAAUGAAUCCGGUUGCUGUUGGCCUUUCACUUGCUGUGACAUUCCAAUCAGCUAUUGUUGUGAUUGCGACUCCCGCCGAAACCUAUAUAUCCGGGACUCUCAUGAUGUGGGAACCAAUUAUGCGAAUUCUUGCCGUCCUAAUCGUUCUUCUGUAUUUAAUACCGUUAUAUCAUCGCUUACAACUGGACACAAUUUACCAGUACCUGGAACUGCGUUACAACUCUACAAUGAGGAGAACAACAUCGGCCCUUCUAUCGUUAGGAACGCUAUUUUAUGUCGGAUCUGUUGUGUAUAUGCCUGCCGUGGCUCUGAACACCGUGACACCUCUACCAAUGGAAUGGAGUAUCAUUUUAACUGGUGUAAUAUGUACAUUGUAUACAACGUUGGGAGGAAUGAAAGCGGUCAUUUGGACAGACGUUAUACAAUCUGGCAUCAUGAUAUUGGGGAUGGUCGCGGUUUUCAUUAAAGGGCUCAUGGUUGUUGGCGGGUUUGAUGAAAUGUAUGGUGCAAUUGAGAGAGGUGAUCGGCUUACAGCUUUCAGAUUCGACUAUGGUAUAAUAUCGCGACUUUCACCAGGGGGUAUUAUUGCAGGAAUAUUUUUCAUGAGUUUGGGAGGCCUUGGAGUAGAACAGGCGAUUGUGCAAAGAUUUCAAGCUUGUGAAACAAUAGGAAAAGCCCGUUGUGCUCUGCUGGUUUAUGUGGUGCCAACAAUCAUCAUAGGAAUGACAAGUGUCGGAAAUGGGUUGAUAAUGUACGCAUACUAUGAAGGAUGUGACCCUGUCAAGUCGGGAAAACUUCAAAAUAUAGAUCAAGGAAUCCCGUAUAUGACUUUAGAGAUUUUUGAGAAUGUACCGGGGAUGGCAGGACUUUUCGUUUCAACCAUAUUUAGCGCCAGUCUAAGUACAAUAUCAUCCUGUCUCAACUCAUUAUCUGUUUUAAUAUUGGAAGACUUUAUUGUUGCAAAAUGGCCUUCAUUGACUGAGAGAAGAAAAGUUGCUAUUGGGAAAAUUACCGGUGGAAUUCUCGGGAUAAUUUUAAUAUUAUUGGCAUUUGGAAUAUCAGCAUCAAAAGCGAAUGCAUUUGAACUUGUGUAUGGAUUUACCGCACUUACAUAUGGACCUGGUAUUGCGGUGUAUUUUCUAGGAUUUUUCUUCCCUUGGGCAAAUGCUAUGGGCGCAAUGAUUGGAAUGUUAACAGGUUACAUGCUACUGGCGUUAUUGUUUAUAGGGCGACAGUUUUUCAACCCAAAUCCAUAUCGAGCUAAUAUACCACUGUGUCAACCAACUUUAUGUCCAGCAAAUCAUACCUUAGAUGACUUCGAUUACAAUGUUACAACAUCAGAUACGUCGACAAUUACAGCUAUAGAAGAAAUCCAAGAAAGAACCUUUCUCCGAGAUAUACACAACAUCAACUUCAAUUUUCUUAUGGUGAUUGGUUUUGUGACUACGAUUGUUGUUGGAAUCAUCGCCUCCUUCAUUUCGGGUCACACACCAGCUUCAAAAUCAGAUCCAAGGUUGUUCGUUCCGAUUAUUGACAACGAAAUAUUCCCCCAAAAAGUACGAAAGUUUUUUCGGUUUGGGGUUCCGGAACUUCCAGAAGAGCGAGAAGUCGAAUACAAACCAGGAGCAAGAAGUUCAAUUGUCGGGGUAGAAGUGAAAGAACUUUGAUUGUCUAGCCAAAUAUUACAAAAUCCAUUUAUGCCCAAUGAAAUUAACUUUCGUUUUUUUGGAAAGACAAAGUUUUGAACUGACAAGAUAACUACAAAGAGUAAUAAAGUAAAUAAUUCCUGUCUACAUGCAUUUUGUUUUGCUUAGAAAGCCUAGCUACGAUUCUCAACUUCAGUACUCAAUUUUUCCAUUGUCACCUCAAAUUAUAAUAGAAACCUCAGCUAAAAGUUGUCUAUUUUAUGUGUUUCAAAUGUACUGAACACUACUUUAAAAUAAUACUUUGUAUUGCAAGUGCCCUGUUCGUAGAAACUCAAAUUACCUUUUCUGAUUUGAACUUUAAUAAA